AUGGUGAAACCGCUGACCGGGGUCGUCGUGAGCAACAAGAUGAUGAAGUCCGUCGUCGUCGUCGUCGAGAGGCUGUUCAGGCACAAGAGAAUGCCGAAGAUCAUGCGCGCGCGGAAGCGAUACAUGGUGCGGGGCGGCGACGUUUUUCCCCCCAGCCUCGAGGACAGCGCGCGAGGAGAUGAAUGA